AUGAAUUUUGCGGAAAAUAAAAGUGGCCCUCGAGCCCGGUCUGGCGUGCGACCCACAAAAACACCCUCGGAGGGUAUAAGAGGGAGCAAAGCAGCCCGCCUGAAAGGACUUCCACUGCGUGCUGAUUCACUGGUUUGGCGACCCAUGGUCCCGCAGCGUCUCAGCAUAGUGGUUCGUCGACCCCCACGAAACGGCUUCACUGACCGCGUACUGGGGAUGCCUGCGUUACAGCAGCUUGGCUUCGGCCUCGUUGCUAGCAGUUGGGUUUCGUGGAUGGCUGGCCGCUGGCUACGCCUGAAAUCUGAGCAUCGGGAGGUAACCGCUGCGACGGUGAAGCAGCGUGCUAGGUCCUUCCUCCCUGCUCUCUAA